AUGGAUAUCAACACCCUUGUGAACCCUCUGACAGCCCUUCUGCUAGCUUCCUGGUUCUGUGCCCAAUGCGUUGCUCGUUUAGCUCAGGAUGACAUCAAACCCUACGUCGCCGCCAUGUGUACGGCUGGUGAGCUCGACCACCGUGGUCCAGAACUCAACCGUUUUCGUGAAGAUGAAUUUGUGCUCUCCCCGGAGCCCCAUUUCGAGUUCCGCACAAGGCCUAGCGACUCCAGUCCCGCUCAGAUUAUAAUAGAUGAUCGAGAUGAUGAAAUUUUCGACUUUGAAGGUCCAGGCGCCCUAACUCUAUUUGUUUUUCGAGAUGCAAAUCCAAUUGACAGCGAGUACUGGGUAAGCAAAGUAGAGAUCAAUGGAACUAGGCAAGAUCCCACGGCAGGAUACAUCUUCAGCCAAAACGCCUCAACAUGUCUAGUUGGAGGCAGUACUCAAACGAACUUGAGGCCCUAUCGAGACCGGGGCUAUCCAUCAAACUCACAAGUCACAAUAUUUCCCGUUGGACAAUGGCACUCCAGGUAUUGA